CACGAGUCAAAGGAGCUCACGGGGGUAAGCGCGCUUGCUGUUUACAUUUGCGUUCGGAUUUUCAUUCGGUUACAAACCUUGCAUAUCGUGCAUAUUGAUUCGACUAUAAUUAUAUAGCUAUCAAAGAGCAUAUAAUGACUACGUUCUAGCUAUUAUAGCUUACGAGCUGUGGCUGAGACACGAGACGAGCCGAACCACGAACUACAAUCAGCAGAUGUGUACAUACCAUUAGUUUGUUGAUGUGACACUUUUGACAUUUGUUUGACACAGUUGUCUUUAUGUCUUGUGACAACUGAGAGUGAGAGUUAAAAACCAUCACGCCGUUGGUUGAGUUUUGUCGAUGAAUUGAAUUGGACAUAAAACGAUAAUAAGCAGAUAUAUAGCUGGACAAUGAGUACACCAUUUGGAACUUUAGCAGCUUCAGCUGCCUCCACUGCUCCCUCAAUGUUUGGGGGCUCCACCUUUGGCACUACUACCACAAAACCCACUACAGGAUUUAGUUCUUUUGGGACCUCAACUGCAACAUCAAUAGGUGGCACAGGAAGUUUGGCCUUUGGUGGAGGCGCUUCAACUUUUGGUAGCACCGCACCAACAUUUGGCAGUACUGCACCAACAUUUGGCAGUACAGGACCAGCAUUUGGUAGUACUGCUCCUACCUUUGGCAGUACAGCUUCAAAUUUUGGGACAGGAGCUCCAGCUUUUGGAAGCACAGCCCCAGCAUUUGGCACAAAUACUUUGACUACAAACACCUUUGGUGGAACAUCUACACUAAGCACUGGAUCAACAUUUGGUUCAACUUUUGGACAAAAGCCUGCUACUAGUGGUUUUGGUGGAUUUGGCACAGGACUGACCUCAACAUUUGGUCAGCAAAAUCAGCCCCAGCAACAGCAGCAAGGUCCAGGGUCGGCUCAUGAGGCACUUGUGGCUGCAGUGUUCAACUGUUCAGUGUUUGGUGACGAAAGAGACCAGGUGCUCGCCAAAUGGAACCUUUUGCAGGCACAAUGGGGCACUGGUCAUGCAUAUUACAGUCGUAACGCGCCGCGUUUAGAGUUGAACGAGCAGAAUCCCCUAUGCCGCUUCAAGGCGGUCGGGUACUCGCGGCUCGGCGCCCACGAGGACAAGGAGGGCCUCGUUGUGAUGAUGUUCAACAAGUCUGUUCAGGAGAUUAACACCAACAAGCAAGUACUCCAGACUUCUUUGAGCAACUUGUUUGGCAACAAGCCGAAUUUGGUAGUUACCAUCGAUUCAGUGGGUGCAGUGACUGAUAAUAAAAGCCAGGUGGUGAUAUACGUGGUAGACAAAAACGCCAACAACGCUCACAUAUCCGCGACGGAGCUGGCCUCGUUCCUGAACGCGGGCGGGGCGCGUGCGGCGCUGACCGGCGCCGGCUGCGGCACCAUCGCGGCCGUCACGCGGCCCACGCCGCAGGCGCUCGCGCAGUACUUGCAGACUCCUCCUCCCGGAAUGGAUAUGAGACUAUGGAAGCAAGCGCAAGCCGACAAUCCAGACCCCGAAAACUAUAUACCAGUUCCCAUCAUCGGCUUUUCCGAGAUCAAGAGUCGAGCACGCAUCCAGGGCGAGGAGGCGAACCUGCAGGCCGAGUGGCUGAAGCGGACCGCGGACACACUGGCCGAACUACGCACCAGGCGAGCAGCCGCCGCGGCGCGGCUCGCGCAGCUGUCGGCCAAACUACAUGCGCUGAGGCACACGCUGCUACAGGCGAUCGGUCGCAAGGAGGUGAUGGGCCGAGUCGGCGCGGCGCUCAGUCCGGAGGAGGAGGCAGUGAGGGCCCGCCUUCACGAGCUAGCUUCCACUCUGUCCACCCCACCGCUGUAUAACGGCCGACUGAACGAGUUGCUGAGCGCUGUGCGGCUACAGAGGAGCGCCAUCGGCGGCAGCUCCCACGAGCGGUAUCAACUAGAUCCAGGUGCACAAGAAGACUUGAAACAAUUCCUGACUCUCCAGCAGCGCGGUAUGGCUCACCUCCUAGACACGGCACGCAAGGACUUGGACGCGCUAAACACGAUCGCGGAAGGCAUGUCCCGCCUUGUACGGGCCUAGCGAAUCACCUCAUGGCUAUGACUUGUAAUUUGAAUUGUUGCAUUAAGGGGGCCAUUGAUUACCAGUUCGCCGGACGAUAUCGGCUUUUGCGAAUAACUGACAGGCCGAUAUCGUCCGGCGAACUGGUAAUCAGUGGACCUCUUUAAUGGAUCAACAUUAAAUUAGAGUGAGCUACGAAGAUUGAAGAAUGUAAAACGGUAUCUGUUGUGUGUCGUUGUUUUAUCAUUAUAUUGUGGAUUAUGUGAAUGAAUAUACUUGAAAUACUGAAUUGUAAUUUAAAGAAA